AUGCCACGAGAUCCUCACAUUGUUCCUGUGGUUGUUCUGUGCGCUGGAGAUUAUGCGAUGAACCGGUCCUCUAUGUCUAGUGUCACUUUGCCCCCUAUUGAACUGACGAUCGCCCAGACGAGCCUCGCUGGUGUCCUCCACUACGGCGUCUUCAACCGCCAGGACGUCAUCAGAAGGGGAGUUAAGUACGGACCCUUCAAAGGCAAGGUCGUCAACACCAGCGAGAUUAAGACCUUCGACGAAAACAGCUACAUGUGGGAGGUGUUUGGGGACGGCCGCCUCAGCCAAUUCAUCGAUGGACGCGGGGCGUCGGGCAACUGGAUGUCGUACGUCAACUGCGCGCGCAGCGCGGGGCAGAACCUGGUGGUUGUGCAGGAGGGCGAGCAGUUGUUCUACGAGGCGCUGCACGACAUCCCCCCGGGGGGAGAGCUGCUGGUGUGGUACGGCAGCCAGUACCUGCAGUUUAUGGGCAUCCCCGUCACGGUGCGCAGCACCACCACCACCACCACCACAAACGGCGCCGGCGAGCGAGGCGAGCGCGAGAACAGCGAGGGUUACCACUGCGAAAGGUGCGGCAAGGUGUUUGCCUACAGGUACUACCGCGACAAGCACCUCAAGUACACCAGGUGCGUGGACCAGGGCGACAGGAAGUUCCCGUGUCACCUGUGUGCCAGGUCCUUCGAGAAGCGAGAUCGUCUGCGUAUCCACGUGCUGCACGUGCACGAGAAGCAUCGUCCUCACAAGUGUGCCGUGUGCAACAAGUCCUUCAGUCAGUCGUCCUCCCUCAACAAGCACAUGCGGGUGCACAGCGGGGAGCGGCCGUACAAGUGUGUCUACUGCAGCAAGUCCUUCACCGCAUCCAGCAUCCUGCGCACUCACAUCCGCCAGCACUCCGGGGAGCGACCUUUCAAGUGCAAAUUCUGCGGCAAGGCCUUCGCCUCCCACGCCGCGCACGACAGUCACGUGAGACGCACGCAUGCGCGGGAGAAGCCGCUCACCUGUAAGCUGUGCUUGAAGGACUUUGCUCACCAGCUGGACAUGAACGUCCACCUGAGGUCAUCGCACACAGAAUCAGUUUCCCCCAGCAACACAUCGUGGACCGAAGCAACACCCGAGUCUGCAGUUGGACCUUCAGUGAGAUCGUCAACACACCAACAGUGACAGUCAUCUCUCAUCUCUCAUCUCAUCAUCUACAUCGCCAGGCCGGCGCUCAAAUGAUGACAGAGAGAGGAGGAGAGCGGGGGAGGGGCUGUGUGUGUGUGUGCGCAUGCGCCACCGUAUGUUGUAUUGUCUGUAAAUAAAUACUCACUCCCUCCUUCGGUAUGAUGGGUCCUGUCUUGGGUGUCUGAUUGUGUACAAAGCCGGCCAUCCGUGUCCUCCAUCAUGGUUUCUGGUGUGUUCGUCGACAUUGUAGUCACGUCUGUCAUGUUUGUCAGGCCUUAGUUUACGUUUCUCACUAGUUUUUUCAGGUUUGCUAUUUUUAUGCUUUAUAAAUGUCUGUUAUGUCUGUUUUAUGGGUGCUUCAUGUCCAUCAUGUCUGUUUUGUGGAUGACUUAAAUCAUAUUGUGCUCCUCAACGAUGACGAGUUCUAAUGUUUACCUGUGCAUGUCGGCAGCCGUUACUGGGAGUCUGUCGGCAAACACCGGCCUCCUUCUGAUGGUUGUUCACCCGUUGUUAAGCCAACGACUACUCAGUUCACUUGUUCACUCAGACGAUGAUGAGCUGUAUUUUUGAGUCAUUAAAGCAGUGUCGUGUGUGUGUGUCUUGUGUGUAUGUGUAUGAGAUAGAGAGAUUAAUGGAUUAGUGAUUUUAUUUGUCAACAACACUUUGACUGAGGGUCUACCAGUCAUUUACUUGAUGUAGCAAUAACCUUAUUGAUGGGUCAACAACAAUCUGACUGAUGGAUCGAUAACCAUUUGACUGAAAGGUCAAUAACUAUUUCAUUGAUUGAUCAAAAGCAAUUUGAUUAAUAUGUAUAUAUGUAUCUCAUUGAUAGACUCGUCUCACCCAAAAUAAAGCUGACAAUAAACAUAAGCGGGAAAAGAGUGGACCAUUAUAUUAGGAAAAAGAAGAAUGUUCUUCGUUUGUUGCCCAGCACCAGUAGAUGUGUGUAGUAUCCGGUAGAUCAUGUCCAGCUCAUCACUGUAAUAACUGUAAUCACUGUAAUAACUGUAAUCACUGUAAUCACUGUACAUUGCUCUGCAAUCAGUGAGGUGAGAAGUCGGUGGUGGAUGAAGCAAGCAGCAGAUCCCUAAGUGCGAAAAUAAAACUUUUUUUUGGCAGUUCUGUUACUUCGGUGGAGUGGAAGAGAUUUAUCUUAAUCAACCACUCGUCUCCCUUUUUCCUAAAAUUGAAUGAAUCUAUUCUUCAUCGCAAGUGAAGUUGCCAUACUUAAAACUGUUUGGUAACAGCAAUGAACAUUCCUCACACCAAGGUGUCUUCAUCUCAACCGCCGGCAACUUGUCAUCUGCUCCAACCUGUUCAUUUCUCCACCUCGUGCAGGUAACUUCACGUGUAUCAUGCGGAACACCAAAAUAUUGCAAUUUGCAUACAUCUUCCAGCCAUCAACCUCCAUCACAUUCAGCAGAAAAUCGUCUAUCACCACAUGGCCUGGCAUCAACCUCCAUCACCUUCAAUAGAAGAUGGUCUAUACACCACAAGG